AGUAACGCAUUAGUUGUCAGCAAUAAUGCUGAGUCAGGGGGAAAACUUACUAGAUUCAGAUUUUACUAGAAAACACUUACCACUUGAAAGUGAGCACCCUCCACCGGGGACUGCGGCGUUGGCGAGAACAAAUCCCGCAAUUAAUCCGAAUGUUAGCAAAUAUAGUUUCAUGAUGAUUCAACACUAUUGACAACAAAGGAUAUGAAUGAAAAUGGCGAUUACGAAAUAGACAAAGUUUACAGAAUUAUUAUCACUAUCGUGGCAAGUACCAACCAUGGAUUUUGUGGAUCUUCUUUAUCCGACAAAAACCUUAGCGUUUGCGAAAAUUUUAAGCAAUUUUAUAUGGCUAACCAAUCGAUAUUAUUUUUAAGCACCACGAGCAGCUGAUAGUUCAGUACGAAGGGAUCACAAUCUACGUCUUUUGUAAGUUGGAUUGGUCAGACAGCGAUGGAGAGAGAGCCAUUCUUUUGUUUAUUCUCGCGCCGAGAGAGAGGACUUUUGAGAGCGAGAUUUUUUUAGAACUAAACGUAGGGUGGUUCUUUCAGUAGCAAAUGAAGUAAAUUCAAUUGCAGUUACGAGUAACGGAAGGCUAAAAGGGAAUAACGCGCACACAAGGCUAAACACUGAAACUUCUGAAUUACAGAAGGAUAAAUGCGUGAAAGGCAUCUAACUUUCAUGAAGCUAAGUUUUUCAAUUUAAACGAUGAGGCAAAGUUACAUAAUUGAAAACAUUGAACCGAAUCCGCUUAGAUGUUCGCAAACCGCCAAACGCUCCAUUGGUAAUUUUUGGUGGCACAAAACCAAGCGUUGUUUAUUUUACAAAAAAUUCAUUCGUUAGAUGUAGAAUUUUGUGUUAUCCUUCAAAGAUAUUCACUAUUGGGUCACUUGGACAUUAAAGGGUUAGACUUUUUGAAAAUUUGCAGACGAAUGAAUCCGGAAUUUGCAUCAAUUAAACGACAUCUACUAGUGCAGAUGUUUGAAAAGUAUGUUAUGGGUGUGAUAGUAAUAUUCAACAGUUGUAACUGAAAAUUGAAUGGUUUAUAAAUAAAAUGACCGAGCAUACAUGAAAUUCACGUGUAUAUGUUUGACUACAAACGCUACAAACAUCUAACAGCUAACGAAAACUGUCUAUAAGAUUGAUUGGCGCAGUCGCGUACUACCAGAUCUUGCGUCGCGUCGCAUCAUCCAGUCAAAAUUUGUUCGAAUAAACGUGCUAAGCAUAAUGUCCUUGAAUGGUGGCAUUCGAAGAGUAAUCGUAGAUGUCGACGUCGGAACUGAUGAUGCUUGGGCUCUACUGUUGUUGCUAAAGUGCGAGAAGAAGUUCAAUCUGAAAGUUGAAGCCAUCACCUGUACUCAUGGUAAUACGGACGUGCGCAAUGCAGCGCGUAAUGUGUUGAGGAUUUUAACGGCAAUCGGUAGAACGGAUGUUCCGGUCUAUAGAGGAGCCAGUGAGCCGCUGGUUACACCGGUUCCCAUUCGAGAGGAGCACUUUCAUGGAUUGGAUGGAUUUGGCGAUCUCGGAUUUGAUGAGAAACCGGAUGAAAGUUUGAUACAGCCCGAGCAUGCGGUGAACAUAUUGUUUAGUAGGAUUGAUGCGUCGCCAAGGGAGAUCUCAUUGAUUUUUGUUGGUCCGUUAACGAACCUGGCAUUGUGUUUGAAAAUGUAUCCAGAAGUGCGGAAGAAAAUUCGUGAUCUCUACAUAAUGGGUGGCAACCGGCAUGGGGUUGGCAACACGACUAGAGCAGCCGAGUUCAAUUUUUGGGCUGACCCCGAAGCAGCGCACAUUGUGUUCAACAAUGUGCAAUGCCCUAUUACGUUGUUACCGUGGGAAACGUGCGUAUCGGAGCACCAGGGGCUUGAUAUGCGGUGGCGAUUGGAUGUUUUAGGAAACAGCAGCAACCGAGCUGUUCAGAUGCUGAACCAAGUGGAAGCCAAAUGUUAUCGGGAUUGGACGAUGUGGAUGCCAUGUGAUGCCUUUUUGGCGGCCGUUUUUGUGAAACCAAAUAUCGUACGCCAUUCGGAAAACUUUCACGUCGAUAUCGAACUGAGUGGCAAAUUGACCAGGGGUCAAGUUGUUCUGGAUCAUUUGAAAGCUAGUAGAGAAAACACUCGCAUUGUGGAUAAGCUGGACAGUGAGCAGUUCAGACAACUUAUGCUGUACGCUGCUGAUCAUGAUGUUGAACAGUCACUGUAG